AUGCGUCUCACUCUUGUCCUCUGCCUAUCGGCAGUCUCGCUCGCUGCUCCCGCAAAAUUCCUCGACAGCGCAUACGACUGGUCAGACGACCUAGCCGAGUUCUACGGCAAGAUCAGCCAGUAUAUCAGUACUGCCAAGCACAACAUCAGAGAGUCAACAUGCGAUGCUUCUAAAAUUGCUCUCCCUUCAUAUGCAUCGGGUCUGGCAAGUUCUUCGGGCUUAAAGCCUAUAUACGUCGCACUUGGACGAGGCACACAGAACUAUACUUGCGCAGACUCAACAUCCAGCUCUACACCCGUAGCAGCAGGAGCCGUUGCCAGACUCUACGACGCAACAUGCAUUGCAGCAAACUACCCUAGCUUGUUGGAGAAGCUUCCCAAGCUAGCUUAUAAGAUCACCCUCCCAACGAGCGAUGAUGCUUCAUUCCCUCUCUCAAACAUCGAUCUCCUGGGCCAUCACUUCUUCUACGACGCUACAACCCCAGAAUUCAACCUCAACACCACACCCAAGAAGCAGCAUGGUAUUGUCAUGACCAAGAAAGGAGGGUCAAUUGAUGCUCCUACAAAUGCCUUCGCCGGAGAGUAUGGUGCUGUGGCUUGGCUUUACUUGACUUCCACAGAUGGCACAGUGGGCAACUACAAGAGCGUGUAUCGAGUAGAUACUGCUGCUGGUUCCCCACCGAAGACUUGUGAGGGCAUGUCGUCUGCUUUCGAGAUGCAAUAUGCUGCGAACUAUUACUUCUUCGGACAAUAG